AUGUUCAAGUCCGUCUUUAAGACAGGAAUUAGAGGCAUUUACAAUGUUUCUGACAACCUGUCUUUUCAGACUGAUAGCUGGAGUGUCUAUCCGGCAAAGCAUAAGCUGACUGGGAAAGUGGUCUCAGUGUUCAUUUUUGAUAAAACGAAAUUCGAAACCCUGGUAAAUAGAAUAUGCUCCCAGUCUCCCAAUACCAAAAAUCCAAAGUUAAUCAUAAGCGAGUGUUAUGAGCUAGUGAAGUAUGAAGUUUCACAAUUGACAAAGUUGAAGCAUCCUCAGAUCUUGACAAUCAUUGAAGUUUUGGAAGAGACGAAACUGAAAUUUUUAUUCGUCAGUGAACCUGUGGUGGCAACCUUGAAUACUUUAGAUUUGAAUAAAGAAGAUGAAUUAAGCAUUCAGAAGGGCUUGCUUGAAAUUAGCAAAGGUUUGCAAUUUUUGCAUAAUUAUUGUUCAAUUGUACACUUGAAUUUACAACCCCAAUCCGUUUUUGUCAAUGCGCAAGGCGACUGGAAAUUGGCUGGCUUCAAAUUUUUACAGAACUUGAAUGACAUAAGUUCACUGGAGAGAGAGAAUUUCUACAUUAUGAACAACUCUUCCGUGGUGCCAUUUGCCAAUCUCAAUGUCAACUUUACAGCUCCGGAAUUGAUUGUUGACUCUGCUGGACUCAAGUUGGGUAAUCCAAAUGAUAUAUGGUCUCUAGGAGUCCUAAUAUUUUUCUUGUACAAUAAAGGUGAGUACUUAAUUGAUUGUUUUGACAACAACAGUCCAUCAGACUUUAAGGAUGAAUUUCGAAAGUUUCAGCAGAAAUUUUACAAUCACCAUCCAUCUGAGCUUCGUUAUCUACUCAAAGGGGUCCCGCAGAGUCUAUGGCUAAUAAUGACACAGUUACUCGCAAGGUACCCAAACGACAGAAUCUCUAUCGAUCAAUUCAUCGACUCCGAAUACUUCAAUGGUAGUUUGAUCAAAAUGAUGUGGUUCAUUGAUGAAUUUUCUACAAAGACCAUUGACGAAAAGUUGGUUUUCUUGGAAGGGUUGCUUAACCAGAAGGACGAUUUGCUCUCAAAGCUCCCCACCAAUUUCAAGAAUUCAAAAUUACUUCCACUACUAGUUGAGGUUAUCACAAGUGAAAUCAAUUUGUUGUCGAACACGAGGCUUACAACAGACACUGACAAAUUUUUAAGUGCUUCCCUAAUGGUGGUAUUGAGAAUUGGACAGGAUUUGUCAAGUUUGUCGUUCCAAGAUCGCAUUUACGAACCAUUGCUCAAUACCCACAAGUCGAAAAAGUCUGAGACGAGUACUUUCACGAAGUUAUCGAAAGUAUCUGUGAACAUCCGUCUUGCAAUUGUCAAUAACACGGAAAUGCUCUUGAAAAAGCUUCAGCCGAAGCAAGUUAUUGAAAUUGUACAGGAGCUAGCCAAUCUGUGUCUCACUUUCUCACCUUCAGAUAUUGAUCUGCAAGCAAAUCAGAUUCAAUUGCAAGAUUUGUACUUGAAGAAUCUUGAACUUGUGGCAGGCUUGAUUGAUUUUCCAUAUAUGAAGAAUACCCUUUUCCCAUUGCUUUGUCAAGUAUUCAAAACAACAACUGUUUUAUCUACCAAGUUGCAGACUUUGUGCACUUUCCAGAUUUUGAUUGAGAAAAAGGCUAUAGACAGAGUUAUUGUGAAUGAACAAUUGCUCCCUGUACUUGAAAAUCUCAAGAGUCGCGAUAAGCGGAUCAUUAUCCAUGUCCUCCAAUUCUUCGUCCAGUUGACACAAAGUGAACACAUUUCUUUGGAAUUGGAAAUUCUUGUUGACAGGAUUCUCGUUCAAUGCUUCAGACUUUCUUUCGGAUGUAAUGAGUGCAGCAAACAAGAGUUUCAGGAGUUCAUGAACUAUAUUGCGACUAUCCAGAAGAGUCUCACAGAGAGAAAAUUUGCAACAUUGAGUGAAGGUUCUCAUGCCCCUGCUACAAGUUUUGAUUCUAUCAUUAACACUCCACUGUUGCGUCACGGAGGUAAAAAUGAAAUUGCGAAAACACCUCUGUUCAAGCCAAUGGCCCCCUCAAAGGAUAUUCAACAGAAGCCUCAACCACCGCAAAAGGAUGUUGGAGUUAGGUCGAAGGUGAAACCAUUGACUUUGAAGCCCCAGAAAGCUCCCUUGUCAUUUGGGGCUACCACUGCUCGAAGUAACGCGAUGAACAGCACCUUGGUGUCAAAUUUACAUCCGCUGAAUCGCGCUGAUGACAAGGACGAGGAGUUUGAUGAAUAUCAAGAUACAAAUCCAAGCAGGAACGGGAAUGGAAGCUCAAUUGAUUGGAGCUCAGCCAGAGCGCAUCCCCAGUCUCAAACUACCCACAGCUUUGGUCAGACUCUUCAGCCUCAGAAUAGCCCCAUUGCAUCGGGGCAGCUCACUGCAAAAGUUAACUACCCUCCAGGAUUUAAUGCUAAUCUAGUAUUGACACCAAAUUCAACGGGAACUCGAGAGCCGAAGAAGGCGACAAAUCCUAAUGAUUUAUUGGACUUCCUCUGA